GCACAGGGUCAGCUCGCUCCUCUCACUCCCGGCCAAGUCUAAAUCCCAAGGCAGCGAGCGGCGCGGUGAGAAAUGGCGGCGGCGGCGCUCCGUCCGGCGAUCCUCCGCCGCAUCCGCCUUUCCCCUUCCCUGUCGCUCCCUCUCGCCACCGCCGCCGCCGCGGCGUCCCACCCGCACGCCCUGGCGCGGUGGCUCGCGCGGCCCAUGUCCUCCCACGACGCCCACCUCACCCGCGACGAGGUCGUCGACCGCGUCCUCGACGUCCUCAAGAGCCACCCCAAGGUUGACCCUUCCAAGGUGACCCCCGAGGCGCACUUCGAGAAGGAUCUGGGGCUGGACAGCCUGGACACGGUCGAGGUUGUGAUGGCCAUCGAGGAGGAGUUCAAGCUCGAGAUCCCGGACCGUGAGGCCGACAAGAUCGAGUCGCUCCCGCUUGCAAUCGAGUACGUCGCCAACCACCCCAUGGCCGGUUGAGGUUUCGCCGGAGGUGGUGAGGCGGGAAGAUGGGGCUCGCGUUCGGGAAGCUCUUCAGCCGGCUCUUCGCCAAGAAGGAGAUGCGGAUCCUCAUGGUCGGCCUCGACGCCACCGGAAAGACCACCAUCCUCU